GGUUAGAGGGGUGCAGGAGGGGGACUACACUACAGGGUUCACCACCUGCACACUGGAACAAUCCCUGUGCGCUCAAAAACAGCCCGAAGACAACCGAGUGGGAGAAAUGUGAGGAUGAAGAGGGAGAGUGCCGACGGGGCUUAAAGGUGCAGCUAUGAGCUCCCGUGUGGGGGUCAGCGGAGGGGAUGAGAGCGGAGUUGGUGUGGAGCAGCUUCUGCGACCUGCACUUCCGGGAAGGAAAGUCCAUGGAGAGUCGAGACAGGAUGGAGAUGAAGAAAGAUGCACAAGAAGUUGGGAGCAAAGAGGGAGACUCAGGAAGAACGUCGGUUUUGAAAAUGUUGGGAGUGGAUCAGGAGAAAGCGGAAGCAUGGAGAGUCUGUCCAGCUCUGGUUCUGAACAAGCGGAAGGUGCGGAGGGAUCGAACGCAGUGCCAAGAGAACGCUCCAUCAUGAAUAAAACCAGUUUUCAUCAUCCACAAGCAGACGUGGGAUGUUCUCUGCCAUCUCCCACCUCCAUCCGAACCAGAUCACCCGUACCUUCGUUCCAUCAGAGAGCUUCAUCAUCCGGAGCGACUGCUGGAAGGCCAUACAGCCCUCCUACCAGAGAUCCUUUCUGGGUGGACGCGAGGACAGGUGGAGGCUUUUCACGGAUGUUGACGAACAAAGAGGAGGAGAGCCAGUUGGACGAGAAGGAAGAGGAGGAGGAGCAGGAUGAAGAAGAGGGGGGCGACAGCCUGAUGGACGUGACGAUCCCACCUUUGACCGCGGUGCCGGAGAGGAGGAUGAGCAAGAGGGAGAGGAAGAGAAUCAAGUGUGUGAGGAGAAGGCAGAGGAGGAAGGAGCGAUGGAAGCAAAGCCAGCUGCAGGGUUCUGCAGGCAGCGUCAGCAGCAGCAGCAGUGACGACGACGACGAGGACGUGACCAAGGAGGGUUACGUGUGCGCCGUGUGCCUGGACGUCUACUUCAGCCCGUACAUGUGUCAGCCGUGCAAGCACAUCUUCUGCGAACCUUGCCUGAGGACGCUGGCCAAGAACUGUCCCGCCAGCACGCCCUGCCCCCUCUGCAGGACCAUCAUCACGCACGUCUUCUUCCAGAACGAGUUAAACCAAUUGGCGAGGACCUUCUUCCCAAAGGAAUACUUGUGCCGGAAGCAGAACUUCCAGAAAGCGAGUUGUGCAAAAUGGCCUCUGCCGAGCUGCAGAAAACUCUUCAGAAUAUUUGGAGGUUUCAGGAGGCCGUCCAGUCCCGGGGCGCGGCGUCAGUUGUCCCGCGCGGGAGGCGGCUUCCGUCUGAACGCGUUGGACUUUGACGACGACGCCCGCGGGUGGCACUUUGACAUGGACAUGGUCAUCAUCUACAUCUACUCGGUCAACUGGAUUGUCGGCUUCUUCGUAUUUUGCUUCCUCUGUUUCCUCUUUUUCCCCUCUUUUUGAAACCCUGGCGAUGACGACGACGAUGAUGAUGAUGAUGAUGAUGAUGAUGAUGAUGAUGUGACGACAGUUAUACGAGACUAAGCUGUGUGCUUUACUGCAGAGACAAGCAGGCGGGAUGUUGAGCGGAGGGAAAAACAGCGGCAGUGUCAGCUUGUUAUCAGCCAUUAAUAAACGAUUCAAAGGGCAUAUUGUG